AUGAAUUAAGAAAUAAAACAAAAGGAUCAAACAAUAGUUCUCAUUCAUCAUGCGAAGAAUCAUCCAUGGACCGAACUUUAAAUGGCUCAUGAACCUCUAACUCAUGCUAAAAACAAGGAGUUUAAAGAAAAGUACUUAUCAUCUUGUUUUGAUGAAACUUAUAAUUUAACAAAUUAAGAAAUCAAAGAAUGGUGGAAUCUAAGACUUGAAUUAUAUGCUUUAUAUUCUCAUUAAGAUGAAAAUUGUGUGAAAAGAAUUAAAGGAUUGUGGUAUUUAUUAACAGAAAAUGAUUUGGAAGAAAUUAGAAAUAAAAAAUGGACAGAGUUUGGUUUUUAGUAGGCAGACCCAACUACAGAUUUUAGAGGAGGAGGCGUUUAAUCUCUAGAUGAUAUUAUAAAUUUUGUGAGUGAUUACAAAGACACAUUAGUUAAAGAAAUGUGUAAACCAUAAAACGAUUUCUAUUUUGCAGCAUCUUCAAUCAAUAUCACUUUCUUCAUUAAGAGAUAUUUUCAUUUAUAGGAAUAACUUGAUGAAAGAGAUAGAAAGGAAAUAGCAGAUAGAAUAGCACUUAAAAACUUCUGCAGAUCUCUUGUUAGGGAAGAUAAUUUUUGGAAGAAAUUGCAUUAAUUAUUACUCUCAGAUCUCUUUAAUGAAUGGAUGGCUCUCAAGUAAAGAAGACCAGAGACAACAAUUAUGGAUUAUGGACCUGUUUUAGAAAGAGUAAAGCAAAAAACAAAGCGAACAUUUUCAAUUAGAUUAUUUGCCAAUCUAAAAUAAUUAAUUGAGUUUUAUCAAUCAUUAUGA